AUGUCUCUGCUUGUAAAGAAAUGCUGCCAUUGUCGUUCUGAUCUAGAAGAAGACAAUAAAGGUUCUGUAAAAUGCGAUAAAUGUGUGGAAAAUGAGAAAAAGUAUGGACAGCCCACAACUUGUGUUUAUUGUCAAUUACCAGCAGCUUUCUUAGGGGGGAAGUGUGUAUAUUGUUCGGCUAGUGAAAGAAAGCUUGGUACUCCGGUUCCUUGUGCCAAUUGUAGGUUACGAGCUGCGUUCACGAAACCGAAUCACAAAGACCGUCCAAAGUUAUGUAGGAUGUGUGUCCUUCAAGCACGGGCUAAUAAACUAACAAUGCUUGCUGGAGUAGCAGUAUCAUCAAGCUCACAUGAACAUCAUCACCGUCAUCAUAAGGAUAAGGAUAAAGAUCGUGAAAAAGAGAAAGAAAAAGAGAAAGAUCGUCAUAAGCGAAGACACAGCGAUCACAAAGACAGACAUAGAGAAGAACCAUCAUCCUCGAAAUCACGCCGAGAUCCACUAAUGGAUAGUGGUGAGAAUGUUCUGUUGGUUCAACAACUCCGCGAUCAAAUCGGAAAGCUAAACAGCGUCAUUCAAGAUAAAGAUAUUGUUAUUCUGGAGAAAGAUAAGAAGAUCGCUGCUCUCCAAGCAGACAUGAGGACGGCUGAAAAACGUAACCGGGAAAAAUUCGAUCAGUUCAUGAAGGAGAAAGAAGAAACCAUUCAUUCGAUACACGAGAAGUAUCGAUCGGCCAUAAAGAAAGGAGGGAAGAAGGCCAAUAAUGGAGCAGAGACGGUGUUACCAUUCCAGUAG